AUGCCGUCCCGUAUCGUGGAGAGCAGAGAUUCCCCGGAGCGGGAGGAGGAGGAAGAGGAGUUCGAGAUCGAAGAUUUGCCGGAGAACGGGUCUUCCAUGGGCAGUCGGUUCGCGCUUCUGGGGCGCCAAUUGAGGAUGCGAACGGCCAGCCGAGACCGGCUUGUCAAUGGGUUCAAAGGCUGCUUCGGGCGGUUCAUCAUCACUCCCGACAACAGGUGAGAAUCGAAUCAUACAUGCUUUCCAUUUACUGCCUCCCCCCUCUGGAAAACCUCAGAUAUAAUUAGUCAGUCGGAGAAAUGGGCAUUCAAACCCGGGAUCCCCAGGUCUGCGUGCAGUGUAUGGUAAGAUAUAGAUGCCAGAUCAUCGACAAGAAGAAUGGGUAGACGAAUUGCAUUCAUGGAUGAUGAACGAACAACAUUUCUUCGUUGGAGCGCGCGUCCAUUUCGGAGUCUCCGUGUUCUCGGACUUAUUCACAGCUGUCCUACGGCGUGCUGCUUCAUAAAUUUAUCAAAACUAGUUUACUCGGGUUGAUUUUAUAAUCAGGAAAAUAUAUAUAUAUAGAGAUGUCUUAUCUAGGUCAGUGUCAGCCGCCACCACACCCAUGACCCAGCUUGGCGCGUAGAUAUUUACUACCAGUUCUUUCCUUGGAUCAUGCAUUCAUUAAAUCAUAGAAAAUGAUCCUUUUAAUUUUGUUUUACUAUGUUUUAAUUCAUUUUUCUAUUAUUUAAUCACGAUUGCAUUCAUUAACGAUUUAUUUAUUUGACUUUUUUAACAUCUUCUGUGCAUUGAACUUUCGAAAUUAAGAAAAAAUUCGGACCCUCGUGAUUAUAAUACGACUAUCUUAUAUUGAAAAGUUUUAAAUAUAUUAGAAAAAGGCCGAGAACCCUACUUGUCUGAGGUUGUAGUGGUCGAGACUUCCGCUGGGGGCUGCUCUGAGAAAAGGUUAAGCAAAGCGGUCCGCGUCAGGCCGCAGACUUCCUGCCGGGUGUGACGCCGUCCCGGAGGCAAGUGGGGCGGAGAUUCCCCACAAGAUUCUUUUGGAUAAAACGCAGAGGAGAUUCCCUUGCGCAAAACUACUAUGGGCGGGUCAUUUAUAAAACCCAUUUAAUGGGCCCCUUGUGACGUGAGGCUACGAAACCAACUGGAUCCUCUUCACGUAACCAUUUACGUCUGAUCCCUCCCUUCCGUCUAGCUCGUCGACUGACUGAUUUUUAUUAUCUUCUAACUUGAUUUGUCCAUGCUUCACCUUAGUAUUUAAAUCCCAUGUGGGUUAAGAUCAUUAAACAUGCUUAUUUUUUCCAUGAAAUCUUUUGUGAUUUUGAUCGGAAGCUUUUGGGUGGUAUCUGACUUCAAAGAAAGUUAGUUUCUGUCAGCAUGCGCAAUGUUCUUGAGAACAGAGAGUCGCAUAUACUUACUUUGACUAUGAUCAUUGUGAGACCUUGUUAGAGAAAAAUCGGAAAACAGAGAGUCUCUUUGUUCCCGAACUCACAGAUAUAUAUUCUCUGUCCAGGUUCUAUCGGCUGUGGACGCAUCUCAUUCUGCUGUGGGCUGUAUACUCGUCUUUCUUCACCCCGUUGGAGUUCGGGUUCUUCCGCGGCUUGCCGCAAAAGCUGCUGCUGCUGGACAUCGCCGGGCAGUUCGCCUUCUUCGUCGACAUCUUCAUUCAUUUCUUCCUGGCCUUCCGCGACGCUCAGACCUACCGGAUGGUGUACAGUCCCCGGCGCAUCGCCCUCCGGUAACGUCAUCCAGUUCCGUCAAUUUUUCUUUUUCAACUUGAAUAAAAUAUAGAUACACCUUUUAGAUACUCUCGAGUAGGUGGACUAUUCGGUUAAAAUGUUCUAUCGGCAGUUCAAAAUUAUUUACCAAAAAUACACAAGUUGGAGACCAUGAUGGUGAUGCUGACGCGCAUUGUUUUGGCGUGAAGGAGACAUUGAAUUAUCCAAGGGAUAAAUUCCUAUAUUACUCUUUUUAGUCUAUAAUUCUUGUAGGGUAUUCUUUUCAAUUUACUCCAAAUAAUAAAAUUUUCCCCGAAUCCUCUCUGUACAUCUGCUAUACCAACCUGAUAUGGCCUUCCUCGGUGCCAGAUACCUGAAGUCGGGUUUCUUGAUGGAUCUCCUGGCGUGCCUUCCGUGGGAUAUUAUCUACAAGGUGAGCAGGGACUUCUUCACACUGCCCUAGAUGCCAUGUCGUAGUAGCCCAGCCCGUACAGUCUGACGCUGUCGCCGAAUGAUAAAAAAAUACACCCACUAGGGCCUAUCAUUGUUCUAGCUUGGUCAAUCCAAGUGAUGUUAUCAUGUUACCGGAGAGAGAUAUUUCAUAAGCAGAAAAAAUAAUUUUAAUGAGAUGGGAUUCGAUCGCAUUUGUUUACAUACUGGAAUAAUAUAAGCUUCAUUGAAAACAAGUUUUUCCUUUUCUAAUAAUAGAAUACUGUUCUUAGUUAUUUAGUAUUGUUUUCCAGACAGUUUGUGUCUAAUGUGAUGACAUUCGAUCCAAACACGGCAUCUAUCCGGAUACAUAAUACGAGACAUUUUGGGAGUUAUCUUAUUUAAACUGACGAUACUGAUUCAUGUUAAUUUUUUUAUCAUGAAUAUGAAAAAAAGAUUAAUAUUUUCAUGCAAGUGUUUGUUCUCUAAGGCAUUUUCUUACUGCCCAGAUCAUUUUAUCUUCUUGUAUGUAUUGCUGUAUGUAGGCUUCCGGGAGAAAGGAAGAGGUAAGGUACUUCCUGUGGAUCCGAUUAUGCCGGGUGCGAAAGAUUACCAAGUUUCUACAGACUCUAGAGAAGGAUAUUCGAGUAAACUACUUGUUCACGAGGAUCAUUAAACUCAUCGCUGUUGAGCUGUAUUGUACGCAUACUGCUGCUUGUAUUUUUUACUACUUAGCGACAACCCUGCCAUCAUCUAUGGAAGGAUACACAUGGAUUGGAAGUCUACAACUCGGUGAAAACAGCUAUAAGAAUUUCAGGGAGAUAGAUCUUUUGAAGCGGUACUUGACAUCAUUAUAUUUUGCUAUAAUUACCAUGGCGACUGUGGGUACGUGUGCCAGUUUCUACAUCUGAUUCCCUAAAAUCAAGGCUUUCAUGAUCUUUUUUCCUUCUGGGAAUAGCAAUGUUCUCCAGCCCUUAUUAAAAACUAAAUGCAAAACUGAUGCUUAUAUUUCAUAGAUAUGUCUUUGGAUUAUUAACUAGGACUUGACUCCCGUGAAGCCUUCCUAAGAUUUUCAUGUUGACUACAGUAAUAUGGAUGGGCUAUGAACUUUUGAAGGAACCUAGUUGCUGUUGCGGGACUCCUUUUUCUGUACAAAACGCAAUAUCUCAUUCUUUUAAGCAAAUAUAUGCGAGAUAAUGGAUUUGAAUUUCUUAGGAAUAUAGAUUCCCUUCGAUCAUGGAUAAUCUCAAGAAGUACUCCAUUUUAAAAAAAAAGAAAAAAAAGGCAGAAGCUAUGCUCUAACAGUCUCAUGUUAUUUACACAUCCCAACAUCAGGCUUAUCCUGUUCCUGUUCAUUUCGACCCUUCACAGUGUCUAAAACAAUUUGACGACCGGUUUUGCUGUUUUUCUUGAUUUAGAUCUACAGGCCAGCAAAUGAGUGAGUUGAUGCUCCUGAUGUUGAUGAUAAUGCUGAUCUUUACAAAGCAUCAAGGCGUAGCCUUCCUUUACGGGACUGAGAUGAUUAAUUUCCGCAAAAUCCUGUUUAUUUGUUUUUAUGAUGGUAGGAUUAUCUCUCGACAUGGAUACGGACUAAUGUUUAAUGCUGGUGCUUCUCAAACCACGUCGCAGGUUAUGGAGAUAUUCAUGCAGUUAAUAUAAGGGAAAUGGUGUUCGUUAUGAUAUUUGUUUCCUUCGAUAUGAUACUUGGGGCUUACUUGAUCGGAAACAUGACCGCUUUAAUUGUUAAAGGAUCGAAUACAGAGAGAUAUAGAGACAAAAUGACAGAGUUGAUUAAAUACAUGAACAGAAAUAAACUUGUCAAGGAUAUACGGAACCAAAUAAAAGGGCACGUGCGCUUGCAAUACGACAUAAGCUACACAGAUACUAAUGUUCUUCAGGACAUGCCAAUCUCUAUUCGUGCCAAGGUACAUAGAUUAGUAUGAACUGAUUUGACUCAUGCAUGAUUCAAUUUUUUUUAUGGAAUUAGAAAAUCUCUAUAUAAAUUCUAAAUAGGGAACAAUGUCUUAUACCAAUAUGUUUAACUAAAAAUGCUUUCUGUUGCAGGUUUCACAGAGUUUGUACCGGCCAUACAUUGAAAAAGUUCCUCUAUUUAAAGGAUGCUCAUCAGAAUUUAUAAAUCAGAUCGUAAGAAAUUAAUUUCCCCUUCUUUCUGGUAAUUUUCUGCUUAAAUGUCGCGAAGUUAGUCACUUGAAACGUUUUCUUUGACGAGGUAUUACCUUAUUAUACUCAUCUGUAGUUUUCACGAAAAGGGAAAUUUUUCUUAUAUAUUCUCUUCAAGACAAUAUAGAUGGGAGUUACCAAAGCGAAAGGUUUCCAUAUUCAUCGCCAUUAGUUAAGGAAUUCCUGAUGCUGGGGCACAGAGCUUCUCAGUUCACUCUCACAAUCUAAAGAGUGUCGGGUGUACUUCAGAUCUUCAGGUUCCUUCCCAUUGUCAUGGGAACACAUGCGACUCUCAUUUCCUAUCAUAUAUGCUGACCCAAAAGAUAAUACCAAUGUGAGAAAAGAGUUGAACUCAGUGUCUCUCUUACUCGCUCAAACUAUUUACUGUUCCUAGGUUUCUUUUGAAUUCAUUAUUGAGAAAUAAAUAAAUUUUCUUUUUGAUGUAUAUGAAGACUUUCAUGUCAUAUCCUGUCUCCUUUUCAGGAGCUUCUGGAUUAUAUAUACAUCAUCUCUUUUUAACUUGUAGGAUUUCCUUUCAGUUCUUGUGCUGAUGCUCACAACUGAAGGGCUUUCUAGAAAUAAUUUUGAGAUAUUUUGAAAAAUUAUAGCCAAAGUCAGAUCUUUCUCAUAUCCUUAUUUCUUGGAGAAUCAAUUGUGGCUCACAUACUACGAAUUAUAUAUCAUAUGAAGGAUGUGUACCGUUCACUUUAUUGGACUCCAUGUGAAUUGUGUGAAAGAAACAAUGCGAUGUGAAUUCGCACCGCCACUUUCUUCUAAUUUUAUGGAUAUGUUUCAAAAUUACGUGGGAAUUCCUUGCAUGCAAGCAUAUCUAAAGGAUGAAUGCUUCAGGUAGCUGGUGAACAUUUUCACAUUUCAUUUAUUUUAAACUUCAUUGUGUUCUUUUAAAGAAUAAAAUAAUGUAUAACAGGCUUGGAAAGCAUCAGCAUUUUACAAACUUAGACGGUCAUCAUAUCAUUAAAAAUACCUUGGGAAAUCUUAGACUGGGUAUUUUUCGCAUCUAAUUAUGUUCUUCAAACAAAAAUGGCCGUAGAACAGGGCUGACCCAAUGUCAUUCAUGGUGUGAAGUUCAAACCAGUUUAAGAUUCUUGUUCACUUACACGAUAAUUUAAUAUAAGAUUACGGUAAUUAUUUUAAUUUUACUUUUUUCCAAUUUAUUUAUAUGUCUGUUGAUCCAAUAGCUAUUGGUUCGGUAAUUUUUCGACUCAAGAAAACGAAUGAAUCACAGGUAGUUAGACUACAAGAAGAAUUUUUUCUUCCGGGUGAAAUCAUCAUGGAACAGGGAAAUGCCGUGGAUCAGCUUUAUUUUGUGAGUCAUGGUGUACUGGUGAGUCAAGAAAAAGAACUCCCCUUGACGAGCUCAUGGCUGCGGAUGGUCAACUGGAAUGCCGCCAUUGACGAGCUCAUGGCUUUGCUGCGCAGGACGGAGUGGCCAUUGCGGAGGACGGCUCUGAAGAGACCAUACUGCAACUGGAGGCCGACUGUUCGUUCGGGGAGAUCGCCGUGCUCUGCAACAUUCCCCAGCCUUACACCGUCCGGGUCUCCGAGCUGAGUCGACUCCUGCGACUCGACAAGCAGUCCUUCACCAACAUCAUGCAGAUCUACUUCUUCGACGGAAGGGCCGUCUUCAAGAACCUCCUAGAGGUCACGCAUCCUGGGUAGCCGCUGGCUUGGGAUUUUAUGAGAUUUUACUAAAAGUAGAUGGGAAUUUAUGUUGUGCAGGGUAAUGAGUCAACGCUUCAGAUCAAGCAGCUGGAGUCGGACGUCAGCUUCCACAUUGGGAAGCAAGAGGCCGAGCUUGCUCUGAAAGUCAACAACGCGGCUUUCCAUGGGGAUCUGCAUCACCUGAAGGGUCUGAUUCGAGCGGGCGCGGAUCCCAACAAGUCUGAUUACGACGGCCGUUCACCUCUGGUAUGAACUCUCCAAGUUUUCAAGACAUCAUGAUUCAUCUGUCUCCGACGGUGUCCGACGGUGUUCUCCUUCUUCUUCUCCAAAGCAUCAUGCAGCUUCCAAAGGCUACGAAGACGUCUGCCAGUUCCUCAUCCAAGAAGGCGCGGAGAUCGACAGACGAGGUACAGCCCGAGAUCCGGGUCUCUGAUCUGCUCUUCUUCUGGCUCUUCACUGUUCGUCAGCUAAGUCCGAAGAGUAAAAACACCCAGAUAAAUUCGGCAACACGCCGAUGCUGGAGGCCAUCAGGAACGGCCACGACCGGGUGGCCGCACUGAUGGUGAAGAACGGCGCCUCCCUGAGCCUGGAGAAUGCCGGCUCCCACCUCUGCCAGGCCGUGGCCAACGGCGACGUGGAUUUCCUGAAGAGGGUCCUCUCCAACGGGGUUGACCCCAACUCCAGAGACUAUGACCACCGCACCCCGCUCCACCUGGCGGCCGCCGAGGGCCUCCACGUCAUAGCCAGGAUCCUCCUCGAAUCCGGCGCCAGCGUCUUCACAGAAGACAGGUUGACCUUCUGGGACCGUGUAGAUAUUUUCAUAGCUUCGCAUGUCCAAGUCAUCAUCCUCAUCUUAUGGAAACUGCAGAUGGGGGAACACUCCGCUGGACGAGGCGCGCAAGUGCGGGAGCAAGGUGAUGAUCAAGCUCCUCGACGACGCCAAGUUUUCCGAGUUGACCGAGUUCCCCGAGCGCCUCAAGGAGAUCCGUGAGCACCCGAAAACCCAUAAAAUCUUUUUUCUUUUUCAAAGGUAUAUCUAUGUCAGGUAGAUUAUUAGGAAUCAAGCCGUUGAUGACUGCAGUUGAAAUUUCUGAAAGUAGAGGUUAGGGCAGCUAGAUUGGAAUGAGAUCCAAACCACCCAGGUUGACCUUGGGAGAAGUCAAUGGCCUCGGGCCGGCCCUGUAGAAAUAGAAGAAAAUUAACAUUUUUGGGUGUUAUUUAAUGCUGAGAAAUUUUGAUUCUGUGGACAGACAAGACGCACCCGGUGAGGUGCACGGUGUUUCCCUUCCAUCCGUGGGGCCCGCGGGAGGGGAGGAGAGAGGGCAUCGUGAUGUGGGUCCCUCGCUCCAUCGAGGAGCUCGUCAAGGCCGCCCAGGAGAAGCUGGGCUGCUCGGGAUGGCGGAUACUCUCCGAGGACGGGGGGAGGAUCCCCGACGUAGAGAUGAUAUCUGACGGCCAGAAAUUGUACCUGCCCGCCGCCACCUCAUCCGAUGGCCACCCUUGA